AUGUAUUCAAGUCUAGGAAUACUCGGUCUCACAUUGCGAAUAGUGUUGGGUGAGUCUUCCGACAACCUUCGGCAAGUCUGCACCACCCCUCAUGUCCUCUUCCUUUGGUGUCCUCUUUCAUCUGAGUCAUUCUUAUCGCCGCCAUCUAAAACAAAUCGGCCUACAAAACCUGAGUGUGUGGCAACUAUGAUAGAAGCUUAUCCCGCUGCUGUCAUUUGGCCGGAUAACAUCAAAGCUUUUGCAGAGAGUAUCAUAGGGGAGAUCCUUGCUCUCAGUGAGACAGUUGCUGAGAUUUACAUUCGAAGGCGUGGAUUUGCAUCUACGAUGGUAAAGUUAGAUGACGGGAUCUAUUCCCUGACUCUUCCUCAAACCAUGCGUAGUGUAGUGGCGGAUAGCAAAGAUAAAUGUGUUACAACGAGCGGCUGA